AUGUCAGUUACUACAUUCACGGAGAGGGUUAAGCGGUAUGGUUUAGGCGAGACCUUGUUGAAGAAGACAAAUAUUGGGACCACUGCUUUGGUUGAGGGGUAUGCUGGAGAAUUCAGACGAAGGGUGAUUGGGGUAGAUGGUUGCUUUUUUAAGACAAAGCUUGGUAGCCAGUUGUUGACUGCGGUUGGUGUCGAUGCUAAUAAUGGUAUGUAUCUAGUGGCAUAUGCAGUUGUUGAAGUUGAGAAUGAGGAUAAUUGGAGAUGGUUUUUGGGGUUAUUGAAGGAUGAUUUGCAUAUACACAACACUCAGUAUUGGACAUUCAUUUCAGAUAAGCAAAAGGGGUUGACUAAUACAGUUGAGUCCUUUGAAAAUUUAGAGCAUAGGACGUGUGUUAGACAUCUAUAUAACAAUUUUAGCCUCUCUCACAAGGGUUUGGCUUUAAAGAAUUGUUUGUGGGAUGCAACCAGAGCCACCACUGUAUCACAUUGGCUUGAACACAUGCAACAUAUCACAAUUGUGACUGCAAGAGAAAAGCCGAUAUUAACCAUGCUAGAGGAUAUAAGGGUAUAUUUGAUGAGGAGAAUUGUAGCCCGUAGGGAGUCCUGUGAUCGAUGGACAACAGUAGUAGGACCUAGAAUUCAAAAGAUUUUGGAGAAAAAUAGUAAGCCUGCAAGGAUAGAAUGGGCUGAAUACGCAGGCAAUGAAAAGUUUCAAGUUCGACACGAUGCAAGAACUGUGUUAUAUGCUAUGGAUUUAAAGGCAAGAACUUGUACAUGUCGUGAUUGGCAAUUAUCAAGAAUUGCAUGUAGCCAUGUAAUUGCCUCCGUUGUAUCUAAAGGUCUGAACGUGAUGGAGUUCAUGGAUGAUAUCUACAAGAAUGAUGCAUAUAUGAGGACAUAUACGCCGUCAAUUUCUCCCAUCACAGGUCCGAACGCAUGGCCAACCCCAAGUUUGAACCCUCUCAAUCCACCAGUAUACACAAAGAGGGCUAGAAGGCCAAAGAAAAAUAGCAGAAAAUAG